GAUCAUUUGCGGUGCAUGCUUGGAUCCACAUCCAAAAGUGCGGAAAUAGCAGCCCUUGUUGCAAUCCUAAACGCAUUUGCUUUGUUCCACGGAAAUCAGUGGACAAUGGCCCAUUUACUCCCUGUCCCCUGUCCAGUGAAACUGGGGACGUUGAAAAGUGAAUCUCUUGAAGCUCGUUUGCAUGAAUAUGUGAAGCAAGGCAAUCACGUGAAAGUGAAGAAACUUCUGAAAAAAGGAAUCAGUGCUGACUCGAUUAACUCAUUGGGGCAGACUCCCCUAUUCACUGCUGCCUUGCUUGGUAUUGGGAAAGUUGUCAGCGUUCUUUUAGAUUAUGGUUCGGAUCCAAAUCACCGCUGUCACGAUGGGAGCACUCCGGUACAUGCCGCAGCUUUCUCAGGCAACCAGUCAAUUCUCAGCAAACUGCUGGAUGCGGGUGGAGACCUGCGAGUCCAUGACAGGAACGGGAGGAACCCACAGAGCUGGGCUGUGACAGCUGGGAGGGAGAGCAGCGCUCAGAUGCUCGAGUUCAUCCAGCGAUGUACAGCCCACAUGCAGGCGAUUGUGCAGAACUACUCCGUAGACUUGCUGCGGAAGGUGGACUCUCCCAGAGCUUUGGUCUCUAGCCCCUCCAAGUUUGUGGGCAUCAAGCAAGGGACGGCUGACAAGAUUCUGAGACGCGGGAGCAGUGCCCCCCAAAACAUUUACAGCUUUGGCUUUGGGAAGGUUUACCUCACAGGCAGCCGUCAGCUGGGCUACCUGGCAUCGCUCCCCAUCAUUGCAGAUAAGGAAGUGGUCCAGGCUGAUGAUGAACCAACCUUCUCCUUUCCAGCUGGGCCAUACAUGACUAUGACCAAUUUGAUGUGGGGUGGAAGCAGAGUCACAGUGAAGGAGCUGAGCAUGAAACCCCACCAGCACUGCAGCAAGCUGCGCCUCUCUGACCUUCUUCUUGCGGAACAGGAGUACAGUAGCAAGCUCCGCCAUCCUCAUUUGUUGCAGCUGAUGGCCGUCUGUUUAUCCAGCGACUUGGAGAAAACUCGAUUAGUGUUUGAGAGGGUUACUUUUGGCUCCCUCUAUAGCAUCCUUCAUGAGAGGCGUUCGGAGUUCCCCAUUGUGCACAUGGAGACCCUUGUGCACCUCUUGCUCCAGGUGAACGAUGGCCUGAGGUUCCUGCACUCGCAUGGCUUCAUCCACCGCACGGUCAGCUCCUAUGCUGUGGUGGUGGUUUUGGCCGGGGAAGCCAAGCUUACCAACCUGGAGUACAUGAUCGAGAGUAAGGAUGGGGGAGAGCACAGUGACCUGACGCGGCUGCCCAUCCCUUCCCAGUUAUACAAAUGGUGCGCUCCAGAAGUAAUCCUCGGUAGGACAGCAACCACCAAGUCUGACAUCUACAGCUUCUGCACAGUGAUGCAGGAGGCUUUGACAGAUACCAUCCCCUGGGAUGGGUUCGAGGGCCCGGACGUUAAGGACCUCAUAGUUUCCGGGCAGUGGCUGGAAGCGGAUGCCAGGCUGCCCAAGCCUUAUUAUGACAUUGUGAAGACUGGGCUGGAAUCCAGGCAGAAGCAACGCACCAUGAACCUGCAGGAUAUCCGAUAUAUCCUGAAGAAUGACCUGAAGGAUUUGAUUGAGUCUCGUAGGACCCGCCAUGGUGACAGUUCUGGGCCGUCAAAGGCUGAACCCUGUGCUGACAUUAAUAUCUGCUUGCCAUCCGCCUCUGCUGUCUCGGUCAAGGUGGAAGAAGAGUUGCCAGAAGAGGAGCAGGAAGAAGAGCCAGAAGAGGAGCAGAGUGUCCCGUGUCUGCCUUCCAGGAGCUUCACCGUGAUGAGAUGCACUGCUUCUGCUCCCAAAAUCGAAGACGCCGCUGGCCACCAGUCUCAGCCCGCCCUCCCUGCCGCUCAGUCCUGCCACCUCUUGGCUCCCAAAGUCCAGGGGCGCACCAGCGACAGGGACGAGAGCCUCUGCAGCUUUGAAAUCAAUGAGAUCUACACCUGCUACCCUGAGAUGUGCGGGGACAGCACGGAGGAGGACACAACAUCAGGACCAGGCCAGGGAUCCCCAAGGCAGCCUUGGACCGUCCCGGGGGAUGGGGCCAAAGCCCUUUCACCUCCCCUGCCAGCCAGAAUUCAGGGCGGGCAGACAAGCUGCAGCGAGGGGGGAACCACCUCCGAUUCAGAGUCAGAAUACACCAGGGAAGAGGUCACCUACAUGUCGCAGCCCUGCCCUGUGCAGCAAAUGGUGAGGUUCUGCAGCCCCCGGGGCCGGAACAGCCCCUUGCAGGUGGGCUCCUACUUUGGGAAGUGUGUCCUGAACCUGAAGAUCUCCCAGACGCUGCUGCAUCAGGCACGGGACUCCCUCUGCCGGACGGAAAAGAAGCUGGAUGAGCUGGAGAGCUUCAGAAAGCCCCAGCCAUGCGCCGUUGCCCUGAACCCCAUCGUCCGAGGAUACUGGGAGAAGGACGAGGGCGCCGCUUUUGGAAACGUCAGGGCGCCCUGCAGUGGACCCAGCGCCUUCCUCUGGAAAGCGGUGGGCCCUCCAUCCGUGAACUACAUCCCUCCGCCACUCCGUGUCAUGGCCAUGCAGCAGCCUCUGGUGAUUCAGCCAUUCCAGCCCAUGGAGCCAGAGCGCAGGAGCCAGGACACCACUUGCUGGAGCGACUGCGGAUUGGAGACGCCCAAAAACCCCUGGGGCAGAGGGGAAGUGGAGCCCAACUAUCAGCUUUUUCACUCAGGCAUCACCGUCCGGAGGAAGAGGAACAUGAGCCCGCAGUUGCGGCGAGGGAACCUCUCUGCAGUGGACGAUGGGAACAGAUUUUCAGAUGGGUUCGUCUCAAAAUCAACACCUGAAAUUUAUGACGAUAGUGUGAGGAGCGAGGAGAGGAGGAUGGCACAGUCUGAAUGGACAACAGGCAUUUCAACUGAAGUCUGAUUUUAUGGUUUUAGUCUAUUUUUAAAAAACCUUUUCUGUACACUACUUAGAGACUUUGUAGUUAAGUGGUAUAUAAAUUGUUCAAAUAAAAAGAAAUGGAGGGUGGAAAGG